AGCUCCCAGGGAAACCUCCGCACGCCCUCCCCAGCUGCUCUCGGUCGCCUCCUCGCCGCCGGCCGCCCAGGGUGCAUCCCGGUUUGCAGGGCUCUCCACGCGACCCAGAUUUCCGCCCCUCCCCCGCCCCUCCCGCGCCCGCAGCCAGUGCGGCAGCCGCGGCCGCCUCUGUCCAGCUUCCGCGAAGGGACCAGCCGCGGUUGUCACGGUCGCCAGUGCGUAGCCGGAGCGAAGACGGAGAUGAAGACCACACUGGCGCUCUCCCGGAGCUGCUGAGCCCACCGCUGUCCCUGACCCGCCCACACUUACUUUGGCAGAAGAAAAUUUGGAAGCAGUCGCUGGAAGACAGUUGGCAUCAUAUCUAGAGAGUGGACAGCAGCACAAUGAAGCACUUCCUGCGGAUGCUGAUCCAGGUGUGCCUGUAUUUCUACUGUAAGUUUUUGUGGCGCUGCAUGAAGUUCGUGAUGCGGAAGCUCACAGGAAGGUGUGAACUGCAAAGAAUUUGCUACAGCACCAAGCCUGGAGCGUCUAGAACCAUGAAAAUUGAAACAUCACUGAGGGAUUCAAAAAGUAAGCUGCUGCAGACCUCAGUGAGCGUUCACCCCGAUGCCAUCGAAAAGACUAUCGACGACAUCAUGGAGCUGAAAAACAUCAACCCUGACAUCAACCCACAGCUGGGAAUCUCUCUCCAGGCUUGCCUUCUGCAAAUUGUGGGUUACAGAAACCUCAUCGCAGACGUGGAAAAGCUACGCAGAGAGCCCUACGAUUCCGACAACCCUCAACACGAAGAGAUGCUUUUGAAGCUAUGGGAGUUCCUGAAGCCCAACACGCCCCUGGAAUCUCGGAUUUCUAAGCAGUGGUGUGAGAUCGGUUUCCAAGGCGAUGAUCCAAAAACGGAUUUUCGAGGAAUGGGUCUCCUGGGACUUUAUAAUUUACAAUACUUCGCUGAACGGGAUGCCACAGUGGCUCAGCAGGUCCUCUCCGACUCUCUUCAUCCAAAAUGCAGCAAAUUCAGCAAAGCAGAAUGGGAAAAGAAAAGGAUGGAUAAAGCAAUUGGGUACUCCUUUGCAAUUGUGGGCAUCAAUAUCACCGAUCUGGCAUAUAAUCUGCUUGUGAGUGGCGCUCUAAAAACCCAUUUCUACAACAUCGCCCCCGAGGCACCGACGCUGUCUCACUUCCAACAAACAUUCUGCUAUUUGAUGCACGAGUUUCACAAGUUUUGGAUCGAGGAGGACCCCAUGGACAUAAUGGAAUUUAAUCGUGUGCGGGAGAAAUUCCGCAAGAGGAUCAUAAAACAGCUGCAGAACCCAGACAUGGCGCUGUGCCCACAUUUUGCUGCAUCUGAGGGUUUAAUCAACAUGUAGUGCCUGCGCCGGUUUCAAUGGGUCCCCCAGAACACUGCCUCAUUGUUGUCUUAGAUCUCUGCUUAGGUGACAGCUCACACACCGAAUGCACAUAGUGAUUAUACAUAUACAAAUAUAUGCAUGCCUUUUGGUACAGUAUUUUCAUCUCUUGGUCAUAAUUCCAAGAUCCCCCAAAUACCACUCUUUCUGGGGUAUCUACCCUCCGGUCACUGCUCAUAUUGUGGCAUUCUGCAGUGUUAGCAUCUGUCCUUGACGCCCAGGUAUGGAGAAAGUUUUCUAUUUUUUUAGAUUUGUUCCUCCCCUCAUCGUUCAAUAUUUAAAAUGUGUAAUAAUUCUCUAGCUGUAAUUUGUAUGUAAGAGAUUUAACUGAAUCACAUUCUGUGUUCAUAUUUAUUUAAAAAAAAUGUUUCAUGAGGACUGCUGCUAGCUUCUCAAACUGGGUUCACGCUCGGACCCCAUUCUGGUAAAGUAUAAGACUUUAAAAUAAUACAGACAGACACAUGAUAAGCCAAACUCCUCCUGCUCAUAUAGCUACACUUCACCAAAAUGUAAUGAGGCUAUAAGAAAUUAGCUUAAAUAGGAGUCAUCCUGUGUGAAAUCCAGCAAGCCUGUAGCCUAACUUAACCACAGUUGCAGCUGUGCUGUAGCCAUCAGGAUAGAAACUUAUUUUACUCCCAUCACUUCACGGCUUGGAUGUGUAAAUAUGUGUAUGAUGCUUGGAGCCCUAGAAAAGAAGCCAUAUCGUCCCAAGGCUGCAAAGGGUUUCUCACUGCCUGCCUCUUGCUGAGCCCAGAGUUAGUCCUUAGCGCUACCGGACCCGAGCAUCUCUGCUUAGGGGAUUGAGGUCUGACUGGUUUGUUUUCUAUGUUGAGGGGCAAUAUUUUAACUAGCAAUGAUAUCAUGCACUAUUUCCUGAAAUUAGCAUCCUUAAAACAGUGGAAGAAGUUGCUUGGGAGAAGAAAAAUGAAAUCAUCCUUAAACUGCUAAGAAUCAUCUCCUUCAAAAUGUAAUUUAGUUUGGAAUUAUGAUUGUAGUCUGUUGAAUAGUAUUUACCAUGGUAUUUCAUACCCAUGGUAUUUUAUACUUUGGGACUAUCGAUUUUAGUAUUACUAGAUGUUUGUGUAAUCACUUGCUUAUUUAAAUGAAUUUUGAGUACUGCCUACUGUCAGUAUAUGAAUAAAUUACAUAUCAUUCUACA